AUGUCCUUUUUACCAGAAGAUAAUGUCUCGUUUCCUGGUUGUAUUCUUCGCGUGGCUGGUAUGCCUCCUACACCUGAAUUUGGGGUUAUGGAUUCAUUUUAUGCUAGACUCAAUUCCUUGAAAUUCGCGACUUCCCAGUUGGCCACUGGAACAUGCCGUCAGCUAGCGAGAGAGUAUGGUUUCACUGUAAAGCAAGAAACAAGCGCCAAUAAGGCAAGACUAUCGGACUCGAAAAAGACUGGCAAGCAAACUAAAAGAAAACGAUCCUCUCUUCGAUGUGAUUGUAAAUGGCGAAUUGUUUUGUUCCAAAAUGAAGAAGAUCGUCUAUGGGAAUUUAGGAAAUCACAAAAUCCACAAUCUUCCGAACAUAAUCAUGAGCUGUCACCACCUGAACAUAUUCCAUUGCCGUGGCCGCCACGUGUCGUGGAACGUAUUGCAUAUCAUGCCAGUUUGGGGUUGGCGACGAACGAAAUACGCAUUGCUGUCCAACAAGAAUUUCCUAAUAUAUUGUGGGAUGAAAGAAGGUUUUACAAUAGAUUAUCGGAAGAAAGACGCAAGAUUAAAGCUAGGGAAACGGAAACUCGAGUGAUCGAAACGAUGGCGAUGGCUGCUCGUGUCGCUGCUCUUGUCUGUUCAAGCAAAGAAUACACGGAAAAAGUUCACCAAGCACUCAAUACAGUGAUUCCUUCAACUGAAUCUACGCCAUCACCAUUGUGCGAUCCUAUUUUAUAUCCUCCAAUGUCUUUUCCGUCUACCUCUUCAAACCUUGAUCUUUUAUGUAGCUACCCUGCAGGCACCAUUUUAGUUAAAAACAUACCAAGUCAGAAAGGACGGCCAAGUAAAAAGAAUCAACAACAGUCACAAAAAUUAAAUGAUGAUUCAUCGCUCAAGUUCGACAAUAUGAGAAAUGCUGAAGUCAAUAACGCCGAACAUUUUGGAAGAAUAGAGCGUGAAAGAUAUGAAAAUGUUGCUCCAUCGUUUGAAAAUCCCGUCAAAGAUAAAGAGUCUCUUCUUAUUGAUAUUGGAGAAUCUCGAGUUCUUGAAAAUAAUGUGUUGGCUUUUCAUGAACAGGCUUCAUCUUUCGAAAAUGAUAGUAGCUCGCAAAGUACUGUCAGUCUUCCUAGUCCCAUAAUGGUGGAGAAUGCUGUCGAAUAUGAAAAUCAAAAUGAGAACCACGCAUCAAGAUACCAGAAUAUGACGACGACAGAUCCUUCCAUUCCGGUUAAAUAUGAAUAUCAAAUUAAUGAUGAAAGGAAUACUAUCAAUAAUUUCUCGUCUUCGGAAAGAAUUCCAUCGUCCAAUGAUGUUAAUUGUAUAAGUACAAAUUAUCAUUCGGGACUUAACGUACUUGCAGGCGCGACUUCAUUAUUGCCGCCUAAUUUUGAACAACAAGAAAUGAUGUCUUCCGCCGCAUCUAAUGGGAAUUCAUCUUUAUAUUGCCAAAUACCAACUAAUAGAAUGAUGAAUCAUCAAACUUCAGUAAUGAUGAACACGAAUCAUCGUUUUAACAAUAGUUUAUCAUUAGGCCAGCAUAUUCCUCCUUGGACCAAUUAUAAAGACUCAGUAAUUGGCGGCAACGUAGCCAUAGAUUCAGCUCAAAAAAAUAACAGAAAUACGAUGGCUAUGGAUUUACUAUCGAAUGGAAGCCAUUUACUAACUGACAGCACCAUUUCCGGACAUAUAGAUCAUAACAAGACUCGUCUUAAUCAAAAAAGUCCUAUUUUGGCCUCAAUUGAAACCGCAAAAUCGAAUUGUGCUUCAAAAUUUCGGGAUGCAAAUGACAACAGAAUUGGAUAUUUGGAAGGCACUUCACCUGUCGAACUAAGUUCUUUUGAUGACAAUGAUACAUCUUCAAUACCUAUGGUCAAAGGAUCUUUGUCACCCGAUAAUAAUCCUUCGAUAUCUGACCAGAAAUUAGCAUGUAACACUUGUUCUUCCAGCGUUAAUAGCAAUUCUUCGAUUGAUGAGGGUUUUUUGUCAAGUGAAGUAGAAUCAAUAAAUUGCGAUAAUUCAUUGCAUGAUCAACAACAAAGCGAAAAUGCUAAUAUUGGCAACACAUCCACUUUUGGAGCGAGUCAAAUACAAAAUGGUAAUCAAUCACAACUUUCAGAAACACAUUGUUGGAAUGGACCAACAUCUAUAGGCGGGAUUCCAAGCCCACCUUCUUUGAGUGACAUGCCACCAUUAGCCGGUAUGCAGACAUUAGGCGGUAAUUCAGUUACUAUAAAACCAGCAGAUCCAUGCCAUUGGAAUUUUGCCUAUAAUGCAAUGCCACCGCGAAUGAUUACACACCAACCUUCACAAUCAGCGCCGCAAAUUGGUCUACCUGUAAGCGCGCAGGUUCCGUCGAAUCCUCAAUAUCACAGCUAUACACAUUUACACACUCAAAAUACUUGGUAUCAAAGCAACGCGAACCAUUAA